GGCCAAUGUUUUUAGAAAUUGCACGUGAUUCUUUGGUUCCGAUUAUGGUUAUUCUAAGAUUUUAAUCCAGACGUCGGCAAGUGUUGCUAACGUUCUUCCCUUCCUUCUCAUGUUUUUCCCAGAACAAGCGAGAGAGCAUGAAAGUUGUCUGACGUUGUGACUGGGAGAAGACAGAACCUCGUCUAUUGGAGCUAUAAUGCCCACAAACGACACUGGAUUUCACUUUAAUUAGAUCUGUCCAUCUCUCUUCAGUACAUGAACUACUUUCUUUUUACCUACGCUUCUCCAGCUCUGGCUUGUAUCCAAACACAUACCCUUCUAUUCCAGAUGUGCGGUUGAACGUACUUUUCCAAAUAAGAAAACUUGGUAAAUCGAAAAAUCUAACAGACUGCAGAAACGGUACAGCGGAUUUCGCACGUUUUAAUGCCAAGGAGACCAUGGCUGAGGAGCUGAAUGAAUUAGAGGAGCUUAGUGGAGAGACACAGGAUAUGAACUCAACUGCCUCUGAAACAAACAUCACCUACUCCUUUUACUAUCAGCACUCUCCCUCUGUGGCAGCAAGCUUCAUCCUAGCAUACCUGUUCAUCUUUGUCCUGUGCAUGAUUGGGAAUGGAUUGGUGUGCCUAAUCGUGCUACGGAAUAAGAGAAUGCGAACCGUGACCAACCUCUUCAUUCUUAAUCUGGCCAUCAGCGACUUGCUUGUGGGAAUCUUCUGCAUCCCAACUACACUGGUGGACAACCUCAUUACAGGCUGGCCCUUUACCAACUCCAUCUGUAAGAUGAGUGGUCUGGUUCAAGGCAUGUCUGUGUCUGCCUCCGUCUUCACUCUUGUGGCCAUCGCAGUUGACAGGUUCCGCUGCAUUGUGCACCCAUUCAAACCUAAGCUGACCCUGCUGGUUGCUAUAGUUACCAUUGUAGUGAUCUGGGUCCUUGCUGUGGCCAUCAUGUGCCCUUCGGCAGUGAUGCUGAUGGUGGGGCCAGUGGAGAACCACUACAUGGUAUACAAUGAUGACUUCAACCACACCUACCCGUUGUACUCCUGCUAUGAGGACUGGCCUGACAAAGAGAUGCGCAAGAUUUACACCACCGUGCUGUUUGCCCACAUCUACCUUGCCCCCCUCACACUCAUCAUCUUCAUGUACGGGCGCAUCGGAGCAAAACUCUAUACCUCCUCAGUUCCCACAAGCAAUCAGAGAGUGGAGCACCAUCUUUCUGAUUCCCAAAACCAUCACUCCCACAGUGAGGGCAGAAGCCCCAUCUCCAAGAAGAAGAUCAAGGUGAUCAAGAUGCUGAUCGUGGUGGCUCUGCUGUUCAUGCUGUCCUGGCUGCCACUCUGGUCCCUAAUGCUGCUGACAGACUAUGCCCAGCUCAGCGAUGAGCAGCUGAACCUGCUCACGGGCUAUAUCUUCCCCUUUGCCCAUUGGCUAGCCUUCUCCAAUAGCAGUGUCAACCCCAUCAUUUAUGGUUACUUCAAUGAGAACUUCAAGAGGGGCUUUCAGGCAGCCUUCAGAUUCCAGUGCUGCUCAUGUGGUGAGGGGGCCCAGCACACCUACUGUACACGUGACAGUGCUGGAAAUGGCCUCAAUUUUGGGGUACGAAACAAAGUCUGUACUGAUGGAGACUCUACAGAGUCAGUAUUUGUUGACAAGGAGAAGACGAUAAACACAGCAAGAGCCAGACGGGGAGGAUCUCUUGCUGUGAGUACAGGAAGGGGUGGUGGAGUCAGAGUCACAGGGGUUACCAACAGUCUGCAACUACCUCACAAGAGGAGCCUCCAUAUUGAGGACAUUGAGAAGAUAACACCCCUAGGUGCUGGAGUGUGCCAGGCCUGGGACCCCUGAACAGGGAGCAGAGGUAGUCACAUUGUGGACUAUUGUCCAUUGCAAAGAGAACAGGACUGUGGCACUGAGUUAAGAUGGGCUGUGAGAUUUUACAUUCACUGCUGACUCAGGUCUCAGUGACAUUCAUUUUACAAAAGCAGAAGGGUAUGUUUCCAUCAUAAUACUCUCAUUCACAAAAUAGAGCCACAUUUUGUUUCUGAUUGACAGCAAAAAGAGACUUAUUGUAUUAAAAGGAAAUGGCUGAAUUAAACUGCUCUUUAAUCCACUAAAUCCUGCAGAAUGGAGCUACCAGUGUCACAAUUUCAGGUUCCCAAUCUGAAAUGCUUAAUCCAUGCUCUUGCUAGUUACAGUAGAUCUGUAAUGUUUUUCAGUGGCUAUAGAACAAACGAAUGAACAUCACUGUCGAGCUAUUUCAGUUUCUAAUGUUCCAAACUACAUGCAUCUUUAAGACAUUUGCUUUUGCUUUACAGACAAAAAAGACUGAAGAUUGUUUAGAAAGUAGAAUUGCUUUGUUAGCAUUGAGUUCUAGUAGUUCUUGGCAAAAGAUUCUAUCUGACCAAACCUACUAAUACCAGUACAGCUUUAAGACUUAGGUUUAUAGCUAUUAGUGUGGCAACAAAGAUUUAUUAUAUAUCCAAAAACGUGCUGCAGCAAGACAUGCUUUUUUACAAUACUGUUGCUUAGCAGCAAAUGAACACAGACUGCUUCACAGCUGCAGCGCUGGUCCAGC